AUUUAAACAGUGGCGAUGGCGGCAUUGAGCAGCUGGGCGCUUCCUUCUUCCAUUGCGGCGCCGCGCCAGGGAUUUCCGUCUUGCGCGAGGCCAGGAUCAGCGGCGCUGCUCCAUCGGCGUGCUGAAUGUCUUGCGCUCUCGCGUCGGACGAUUCCGGCGGUGAAUGCCGCGAUUUCGAUGAGCGCUAGGGUAAAUGCCGGCGCGGAGGUCAGCGUCCAGGAUUUUCUCGAGGAAGCGAGAGAACUCGGAAAGGUCCACCUUUACAUUAAUACACACACUGGGCAGUGGAAAACGAGGACCCCGAUGGAGAUGUUUCGCUACAGCGACGCCGAAGAGGACGCCUGGGACGCUUGCCUGGUACACGACGAUGGCAAGCAAGAAAUGACCAUGUACGUCAGGAGAGUUGCGACGGCGUCGUUUAAGCAAGACAAAGUUUUGGGAGUGCCAUACUACAUCAUCCAGUUCAUAUCACUGCGAGGUAUAUCGUUCUCCCUGACGCUAAUGGCAGAUCCCAAGACUCAAGAAUACGAGGCUAGCCAGCUCAAAACUUACAACACGCUGCUCAAGAAAUAUGGACCCGAUGUCAAGUUCUCCAACAAGCUCCAUCCAAACUAAAGAGUUAUCAGCAAGAGAGCUUUGUUCUUCUCGUGGUUAGAACCCGCAGGAGGUGAAGUUUUUCUUACUGGUGUGGAAGUAGCACUCGGAAGCAGCGGGGACGCAGCGUGAAAUCCAGGUAUACAUUUUGGCCGGAUAGAGCAAACUACAGCAAGCGGAGAAAAUCUCUAGCCAACUCAAAAGUGAGUGUUUGCUACUUACAGUCUCUUAACUGGUCCGUCCCUGCUAGCUUCCGGUUCUGGAUCGAAGCUUUAUCAACAGAGAUCGCGUGGUUUUCGAUACUCACCGGCCGCUCCUCUCGGUAAUUGUUUGUUCUUUCAAAGUGAUCGAAAAACCAGAUCUUUGCCGUGGUGUCUGGGAAGAACAUGAAGCAAAAUCGAGUAAGAUAAUUGGAAAACUAAAAAAGAGAGAACCUGCGACUAGCAGCGUAAGGAUCGACAGCACAAACAAAGGUUUAAAGAUCGCCAUAGCUGCUGGGAUUUGAGUCGCAAAGUCACCAUAUAAAUGGGAUGGACUACAAAUGGUUUGUUUUAUACCAGGAAGAGAUUUCACGUGACACCACGAGAAGAACUUGAAAAAAUAAUAAUAACCAAUUGGGAGUGACGGCUGUGGGAUUUGAACCCACGCCCUUUCGGAUUGGAGCCUAAA